CCCGAGCGCGCGCGCGCCCGCGGGAGGCGGCCUCGCGGCCGGGGGAUGCGGCGGCGGACGCCGGAGCGGCGGCAGCCUCGGUCCGCAGCCGAGGAGCGGCCGGGGCGCCGGGCGCGCGGGGAGAGGCGGCGGGGGGCGGGCCGGGGGAGGGUCGGCGGGCGGGGCGGGCGGCUCCCCGCGCGCCUCCCCACGCGCCUCCCCGCCGGCCGUCGCCUCGCCGCCCGACGCCAUGGAUGAGUUCCACCCGUUCAUCGAGGCGCUGCUGCCGCACGUGCGCGCCUUCGCCUACACAUGGUUCAACCUGCAGGCGCGCAAGCGCAAGUACUUCAAGAAGCACGAGAAGCGCAUGUCCAAGGACGAGGAGCGCGCGGUGAAGGACGAGCUGCUGGGCGAGAAGGCCGAGGUGAAGCAGAAGUGGGCCUCGCGGCUGCUGGCCAAGCUGCGCAAGGACAUCCGGCCCGAGUGCCGCGAGGACUUCGUGCUGGCCGUGACCGGCAAGAAGGCCCCGGGCUGCGUGCUGUCCAACCCUGACCAGAAGGGCAAGAUGAGGCGCAUCGACUGCCUGCGCCAGGCCGACAAGGUGUGGCGCCUGGACCUGGUCAUGGUCAUCCUGUUCAAGGGCAUCCCGCUGGAGAGCACGGACGGCGAGCGGCUGGUGAAGGCGGCCGCCUGCGCGCACCCCGUCCUGUGUGUGCAGCCCCACCACAUCGGCGUGGCCGUCAAGGAGCUGGACCUCUACCUGGCUUACUUCGUGCGCGAGCGCGAUGCAGAGCAGAGUAGCAGCCCCCGGACGGGAGUGGGCUCUGACCAGGAGGACAGUAAACCCAUCACGCUGGACACCACCGACUUCCAGGAGAGCUUCGUCACGUCGGGCGUGUUCAGCGUCACGGAGCUGAUCCAGGUGUCCCGGACACCUGUGGUAAGCGGAACCGGACCCAACUUCUCCCUGGGCGAGCUGCAGGGCCACCUGGCCUACGACCUGAACCCGGCCAGCGCAGGCAUGAGAAGGACGCUACCCAGCACCUCCUCCAGCGGGAGCAAGCGGCAUAAGUCGGGCUCGAUGGAGGACGACGUGGACACGAGCCCUGGCGGCGACUACUACACCUCGCCCAGCUCGCCCACAAGUAGCAGCCGCAACUGGACAGAGGACAUGGAAGGAGGCAUCUCGUCCCCCGUGAAGAAGACAGAGAUGGACAAAUCCCCGUUCAACAGCCCGUCCCCGCAGGACUCCCCCCGGCUCUCCAGCUUCACGCAGCACCACAGGCCCGUCAUCGCGGUGCACAGCGGGAUCACGCGGAGUCCUCACCCAUCCUCUGCCCUGCACUUCCCCGCCACAUCCAUCCUGCCGCAGACAGCCUCCACCUACUUCCCACACACGGCCAUCCGGUACCCGCCACAUCUCAACCCCCAGGACCCGCUCAAGGAUCUGGUGUCCCUGGCCUGCGACCCGGCCACCCAGCAGCCUGGACCGCCUGCUCUCCGCCCGGCACGUCCCCUGCAAACAGUCCCUCUGUGGGAUUAGGACGGAGGGAGCCUCUUGCAGGACAGUCCUGGUACCUGGGGUAGCCGCAGUCGCCUCCCACGCCUCCUUCAUCGUCGCUGGCGGAGUCCCGGGGGUGACGGCCCUAGCCUGCAUUUUUGUUGGAAAAUUAGAAGGAGUGAGAAGCCCCCCGCCGACUCCCAGCGCGACGGAAAAGACAGACACACAGGAGGAGCAAAGGACAAAAGACAAACAGGAAAAGAGAAAAAAAAACUUCCCAACUAAGACGACAACAGCUGGGCGCUGCGGGUCUCUGUGGCACCUGCUGCUGAUGGACGGCUGCCUGCAGCUCUUCUGCGCCCUGAGGACCCGCCAUCACCCACAGCCCAGGCUAGCCCAGCCUGGCACCCGCACCCAGCACCAACGGAUGGACGGAACGGACGGCGUGGGCCGCCCAGCCAGGCCGCCUCUCCCCAGACCCCUGCUGCCAGCCACCAGCGCGAGCUUCGGGGGCCUCCGCCGGCUGUCCCCAUCCCCACCGACUGUGUUUGCCAAAGACAGGAGACCGGAGGCGGUGCUGGCGAGGACUGCGCGCGCGGUGGGCGGAGGAGGCGCGCGGGAGCCGCCCGGCGCUGGCCCUGCUGGGGACACGCGCGCCCACACAGGUACUUUGGGACCCCCGGGAGGGUCCCGCGUCCAGCCUCCACCUCGGCCCUCCGGCCCCCCCUCUCCUUGCGGACCUCUUUGGAAGGACACAUCUCUCUAUGCAAUCUGCCCCCACCCCCACCCCCGGCAUGAGAGGCCACGCAGCUCCCGACCCUCCGGCCUCCGCUCGCACACGGAAAGUUAUCAGCACUUUGACAGAGGUGGGGGAGCCGGGGAACCCCACGCCGAGGCCCCUGGAGGCGGGAGGUGCCGGAUCUAAGUGCCUAACCCCUCCGCCCGCCCGCCGCCGCCCUCACCCCCGCGGACCCGCCCCUCAUCGCCGCGCGCCCGCCCUCUAGGUAGAGAGAUGGGACCCAGGGGGAGAACUGGGUGUCCCGAAAGCAGGCUGGGGCCGUGCGCUGUCCCCCUAACUUCUGCCAGUGCCUUACUUCCUGGAGACCCACCCUGGGGCGCCCCACUGCAGGGGGAUACCCCCUUUGCACUUUGACCCCCCUGACGAUGUGGGGCCCGGCACAGGGACCAAGAAGGCUGGUGGAAGUGCACUCGGACCUCAGGUGGGACGGCUCUGGGAGUGAUGGGGUGGCGGGGUGGCUAGGUCCCCCGUCUGCUAUGCGCACUUCACUGACCUAAAGAGAACACUAAGAUGGGGUGCAGGGGCCGUGCGCAGCCCCGGCUCCGCGGCCCCCAUCCUCACCCACCCAGGGCCCUGUCUAGAGUGGGUUGCCCCGGAAGGGGAUGUUGGGUGGGUUAGGGCCACCGAACCUACCAAACCAAGGCCCCUCCUCCUCGCCCACCCGUCUUGGCCCCGUCAUGCCCGGCACUGUCGUAUCCCCUCCCUGCGGAGGCCGCAAGCCAUUCCCCCUGCAGCCCGGGGCUAGGCCCCGCCCCCUGCUCUUCCCCAGCCUCUGAGGCCUGGAACCCCACCAUCUGUCCCUGUCCGUCCGUCCUCAGGGACCCUCCAGCUGGGGGGCCGUGGGGACAUCGCGGAGGCCACUGUCCAGGUGUGAGGCUGGGCUCUGGCCAGUGGGUGUGGACCUGGCCGGUCCCCUCUGACCCCCCAAGCCAGCCAGCCGGGUCCCCCAGGGGUCAGGACAACCAACCACUUACCUAACUGCAUGGUGCUUAAGGCCCUGCGCCCGAGAGCCCCCGCCCCCCCCACCCCCGGGCUGCUGUGUGCAUGACAGGCCCGCCCCCCCACCUGCCCACCCCCCCUACCGCCUCUACUAAAAAAAGAAAAAAAGAAAAAAAAAGGAUACACAAAAUAUAUAUAUAUAUAUAUAUAUCCUUACCAAAAAAAAAAAAAAUCCAUUCUUUCCGAAUUUGCACGAACUUUCCACCACGACAUGUGCCUUGCUCUCCGAGGACAAGUAUUAACUUCUAAAUCCCUGCGCACACAGACGCAUGCCCUGCACGCAUAGUUACAAACAGACAAGCAAUUACAUGAAAUAAAAAAUAAAAUCCAAAAAGGUGGUAUUUCUAUUUGUAAAAAGAAAAGAAAAAGAAAUUUAAAAGAUUUUUUUUUUUUUUUAUAAAAGAAAAAGAAAAGACAGAAGGCUGGGCGUGGUGGCGCGCGCCUGUGAUCCCAGCCCUUGGGAGGCUGAGGCAGGAGGAUUGCUGUUAGUUCCAGGUCCAGCCUGGCCUUACAGAGCGAGACGCUGCUUCAAGAAAUGAAAAAAAAAAAAGAAAAGAUAAAAAACAAAACCAAACCCAGAACAUAACAAAGGAAAACAACACUAUUAAGGAAGUCAAAGUACUGGUCAUGGCUUGUGACCCCGCACCCCUCAGCCCUGCCCCCACCCCCCGUCGGGGGACGGGACUCGCCUGGUGCUCAUUGCCUGCCACGCAGCCCCUAGAGUCCCCAGCCCCGGCCCCCCAGGGAGGGGCUCUCAGGCCUUCCCCGCCCCAGGGCCGGCCUGGGGGGUCGUCCCUCCCCAAGUGCUCUCCUCCGUCUUCCAGCCAACCCACGAAGCUGAAUAUAUGCAAUAUCCGUCCGUCUGUCUGUCUGGGUCGAGCUCAGCUGUGGGGAGGCCCGGCCGGGGCAGUGGGGACACAGCCGGCCGGUGUCAACGUCCGUGAUUUCAAUUUUCCUUUUUGGUUUUGUUGUUUGUGGUUGCCUUUGGAUUUUCGUUCUUUUUGUUUCUUUCUGUCUUCUGUUAACUCUGCUCUUAAACUUCACCAAAGCUAAAGACAAUAGCCAGGGGGGCAGACAGAAGUCCCAAGACAGGGCUCCAAGCCAUCCAUCCCCUGCCUCUUCCUGCCCCGGCCCUCCACACACACACACACUCAGCCCUCCGAGUGCUGGGCGCUGCCAGAGGCCUAGUGGGGGGCGUCCUCCAUCCCCCGGAAGUAGGGAGUCAGUGGGAUGGGGCAGCAGGUGAGGUGACACCAUCAGCACGGGGUGGGGCGGGCACAGUGGACAGGGCGUGCCCGGCGGCAGGUUGACAACAGCCAAUCAGAUCCCCUUCCCCGCCCCGAUUUCUCAGAAAUUCUCCAGUUCCCACCCGGAGACCCCACGCUGGCCCCGUCCGGUGAUGGAUGACCCGAAGCUGGAGAGGGCCGUUGGGAUUUCGGGGUUAAGUUCCUUUCUGUAUAGGAAACUAACAUUUUUUUCAAACCCACCUCCACUUCAGGCCAUCCCUUGCCCAUCCGUGACGGGCAUCACGCCCUGGCGAAGCCCCCCACGGCCUUGCCGCUCAGGGUCUAGCCUGUGACCCUGUUUUCCAGGUGGGGACUAGAUGAUGUCUGGGGCCCUGAGCUUGAUAACCAGGAACGCCCAGGGUGGUGGGAAUGACGCCAGGAGGUUGGGGUUCUCACCGCUCCCCAACAGAGACAGGGCCCGGGUCCCCCGGGGGGAGAACUGGCCGGUCAAGCUCACCCCACCGUCCAAAGACAAGGCACCUGAGGCCUCAGCAAUAUGUCCCGGCCUCGGGGGCAGUGUGGCCGGGGUUGAGCUGUACCCAUAUGUACAUAUACUCGUAUUUAGUUUGGAGUUAAUCCCUGCAGUGCUGAACACAGUAGCUUUCUCCCUCUAUCGGGAUCCUCCCUGGGUGGUCCUUUCUCUCCUGGGGUGCUGGGUUCGAGGCCCAGCCACUUACUCUCUACCAAGUGUUUUGAUAUCUUAGAGACAGGUUCUCCCCAGGUAGCCCAGGCCAGCAAUCCUCCCUCCCUCAGUUGCUCCGACGACAGGCGUGUGCCACCACUCCUGACUUCCCCAUCCCUGCCCUUACGAACUUGUCCAGCCUCAGACCCCACUUGGCAAUGGCUGUCCUCUCCCCUCCAUUCACUCGUCCAGCGCACUCAGCUUGGGCCGAGGAAGGAGGAAGCCCCACAGCGAUUGAUUCCCCAGGUCCUGUAGCCGGGGUACCAAACAGUCAUUUCCCGAUCAGUGCCUCACUCAUCUGAUGGUGCGGUUUGGGGGUCCUCCCCUGCCCCCUCAGUCCCCACACCUGCUCCCCUCGGAAGUGAGACAGGAACCGGCAGGUGCGCUGGGCGGGAGGAAGGGAUGCGCCCCCAAACCACCACCCCUCCUCCGGCGCCCUGCCUCACUACCCCAGCUUGGGGGACCCAGCUGGGUACGCUCAUAUCCCAGCCAGGCAGCCAUGUCCCCUCAAACCGAAGCCCCGUAAGUCUGAGGGUCCCAGAGUGAGCCCCCCGAGUUCCCGGGACAGGCACUGGGUGUGAGGGACUGGACAGGGUGCUCGUGGGUGGCAGGGGGUGCGUGGACGUUCCUCUUCAUCGAUCCUCACUCUCUCCUCUGGCCUCCCCUUGCUUUCUGGGUGUAAGGCUGGCCGUUUCAUUUUCCUGCCGAGAUCUUUUUGGGUUUUUACUUAGAGAUUUUUGUUUCCAUUCAGCCAUUUUGUAUUUUACUCUUGGGUUGAUGCACCUCUGACCUUCGGCUUUCCAUAGCUGCGCUUGCGCAGUCUGUGGCGCCCUCUGCCCCGCCCCCCCAAGCAGUGGGCUCUGGCUGGGGAGUGGAGGACAGCCCAGGCCCCCCGCUUCGUCACCGCCCGCGCCCACAGCAUACUCCACUCAUAACCUCAUAUAUUACAAAUUCAUUUUGGUUUCUGGUUUUUUGUUUUGUUUUGUGGACGCGCCUCAGCACCACUGCCUGCUGUUCCGUUUCUCCCUAUGCAAAAAAAAAAAAAAAAAAAAAAGGGAAGGGGGGGGUCCAUAAAA